AUGAGUCCCAGCAUCUGUUGGCUUUGUAACUUAUUCCGAGAUGGCACAAGUGGAAUCGCUUCUAAAAUGUGUCUGGAGGAAGUGCUACAAUGGUCCCAGUCUUUUGAAAAGCUGAUGGCUACUAAACAUGGGCGCAUAAUCUACAGAUCCUACCUGAAGACAGAAUACAGUGAUGAAAACAUUGAGUUCUGGCUUGCUUGUGAGAGCUUCAAAAAGAUCGCAUCACAGAAGAAAAGGAUUUCAGUGGCACAGAAACUUUUUCAGGAUUACAUCCAGCCUCAGGCUCCAAGGGAGAUUAAUAUUGAUAGUCCAACAAGAGAAGCUAUUAUUAUGAAUAUUCAAAAGCCAACUCCAUCAUGUUUUGAUGAAGCUCAGAAAAUUGUUUACUUGCAUAUGGAACGGGAUUCAUACCCCAGGUUUCUUGGGUCCGAAAUCUAUCAAAACCUUGUCCGGGGUCUCUCAGCCAGAAGGAGGGAGCCAUCGGUGUCUAUCGAAGAGAGAGAAUGA